AUGGAAGGCGUUGCAAAGCUCUUCUGGGUGUUCGCGAUCUGCAUGUUGGUAAUGGCACAGCUGAUAACAGCCGCAGAAGAAAGCAGAGGAAAGGAGCUUAUUAAUAAGGUAUGCGAAAAAUCCGAAAUAAAGGACCUUUGCAUUGAAGUCCUUUCAUCGGACCCUGUUAGAAGCCCAAACGCAAACCUUAAAGACUUGGCAAUCGUAUCUCUUAAAGUCGCUGCCAAUAACGCUUCUAGCAUUCUCUCCGACGCUAAAAUGCUCAUCGACGAUGACAACUUGGACCCAGAUGUUCAACAAGGCUUGGCUGAUUGCAAGGAAAACAUCUUGGACGCUGGGAGUCAACUCGAAGACAGCAUUGCUGCAUUGUUGGUGGGAUCCCAUGCUGAUGCUAAGGUUUGGCUCAAAGCUGCUUUGGCUGCUAUAACUACCUGCGACGAUUCCAUCCCAGGAGAUGAUGAUAUUCUUUCCGUUAAGAGUCAUGUCUUCCGCAAAUUGUGCAACAUUGCCGUCGAAAUCAACAGCUUAAUGGCAAAGUCCUCCUAA